GCGGAAAAACACUCGCGUGCAUUUAAAAACAGUUACGGCUACGUUGCGGCUAUUAAACAUUCAUUUUGUUAUUUUAAUUUAAAAAGUUCUUUGAAACGAGCUUAGAUAAUAAACAUAAGCAAACAAAACAAGCCAAACUUAAGAAAAAGUGCAAUAAUUUGGAGAGAGAGAGAGAGUGCGCGAGAGAGAAAAAAGUGUUUAAAGCUACCGAACAAAGGUAGAAAUACGUAGAAGAAUCCUAAAGCACAACAAGUAAAAGAAAAGCAGCUUUGAGACGCAACGGGAUUAGUGCAAAUUUGCAGCAUGGUUAAUCAUCACUCGAAUGGCGGCAGCGCGGGUAAUAGCAGUGGGGGAGGGGGUGGAGCGCAUGGUGGGGGCGGCGAUUACUCUGGCGAUGAUCGCAGCGCUGGCGAGGAACGUGAGCGUUUGGAUGCUGAUCUGCAUGAUAAGCCAACAUAUUUGCUCGAACACCUGGCCACAUUUACGGUGAACAAGGAGUCGGGCAUUGUCUAUCCGGCGGAUGGCAUGCGUCGCCUGCUGCAGCUGGAGAAGACUACGGGCAUUUGGUCGCAAAAGAUGCAGCUGUGCCUGGACUACCAAUGGGUGCUUAUAAUGGAUUACGAAACGGGCAACAUCAUAGAGCGCUUUCCGGCCUCGCUGGUGCAGGAGCCCACUGCCUUUACUUCAAAUGACGCCAUGGAGCUUUAUAAUAAUAUACUGGUGUUUAUAGUUUCAGGCGGCGGCGGCUCACGCUCCGAAAUGCAUAUUUUUCAGUCACAAAGCGUCUCUGCCGUGCAUUUGGUUGAGGAUCUGAAGCAGCUGCGCAGCGGCAAGAUGAUCACACAACAGCGUGGUGCCACGCCUACGCAGCAUGCAGUGGGCGGCGGCGGCGGCGCCAGCAGCUCGGGUCUGGCCAUGAUGAGCAAGACAUCGUCCUCAUCCUCACACAGUCGAGCCGAGCAGCAGCAGCAACAGCAUCACCAGCAGCAGCGGGAGCAUGUGCGCGAGCAACAGCAUCAGCUGAUGCAACGCAGCAGCAUGGAGCAUCAGUAUAGAAUACGCAGCGGUGGCGCCUCCGCCGACGUCGACAUUGUGCACAACGGCGAAACAGACUCGGAGCAGGGCGGCGUCAAUGAUCGCGAUGAGACGAGUUCCACCUCCAGCGAGAAGUACGAGCGGGAUGUGGCGGUUUUGAAUCAUUGCUUCGAUGACAUUGAAAAGUUUAUAGCGCGCCUGCAACAUGCGGCGGCUGCUUCGCGUGAGCUGGAGCGGCGUCGUCGCAAUCGCAAGUCCAAGAAACGAGAUCCUGGCGAGGGCUUGUUAACGCUGCGCACGCGUCCGCCGCACGAGAAGGAGUUCGUGGACAUAUUCGCCAAGUUCAAGUUGUCGUUCAAUUUGCUGGCCAAGUUGAAGGCGCAUAUACAUGACCCCAAUGCGCCGGAGCUGGUGCAUUUUCUGUUUACGCCGCUGGCACUGAUAGUGGAGGCCAGCAGCGAUACUUACUACGAGUCGCAGCUGCCGGCGCGCGUGGUCAACCCGCUGCUCACACGCGAGGCAAUCAAUUUGCUCAUCAACUGCGUGACGAGCAAGGAAACGGAGCUGUGGCGUUCACUGGGCGAUGCCUGGGUCAUACCACGCGAUCAGUGGAAGGAGGAUGUGGGCUCAUAUCAUCCGGUAUUCCUUGAUGGCUGGUCGCCCGAUUACUUAGUCAUUGAUGAGCUGGAGGCCACAUCGCCCACACAUGUGCACAAGCGUCGCCUCGAGGUGCAACCGAGUCCAGCUCAUGCCAAUGGACGUGUUGGCAAUGUCGGCUACGAUGACUACGACACCAAUGGCAUUUCCUUGAGCGACAAGUACACCAUUCACCAUGGCAAUGAGCGGGAGCGGGAACGGGAGCGCGAUCGGGAUCGGGAGCGUGGCAUGCCCCACAAUGGCGCUGACUUCAAUGCACGCAGCGAGCUCUCUUUUGACUCCAUAGAUCGUGGCAGCGCGGGUGGCGGCGUCGGGCCAGCGCAUCCUCAUGGACCCGCGCUUAGUGCUAUGGCCAUUACGGCGGGUCUUCAAAAUCUGCAUACCCGGGAUUCGCGUGGAUCUGCUCCAGGCAAUGGCAACUACGGCGUUAGUGCUGGUGCCUCAGACAUGGCAACGGGCGGUGCGGGAGCCAGGGCUGCGCACAAUGCCAGCGAGGAGCAGCUGCUGGAGGCUUGGCUGGAGGAUCUGCAAUCAGCCGGAGCCAAAAUUGUACUGGUCACUUACCCGCGCACCGCCAACAAUGACAAGGAGCUGAGCGUCAUGCGUGGCGAGUACUUGGAGAUCUUGGACGACACGCGCAAGUGGUGGAAGGCGCGUAAUAUGCGCGGACAGGUGGCGCAUGUGCCGCAUACGAUUGUCACAGCUUUUAAUUAUGGCGACGGAGAAGGCGUUGGCGGCCAGUUUUAUGGUCAGACGCACGCCGCGGGCAGCAAGUCACGUCAUGCAGCAGCCGCUGGCAAUAUGGACAAUGCCAGCAUAGAUCAACGCUCACCGGAUGCCACAGAUAUGAUGCGGAGCAAGCAUUUGGGCAAAAAGGGCGAAUUUCGUUAUUUCUAAAGAAUCAGCAGAAAUACUUUCCAGCUUUGAUAUUGUAAAUACUGCGUGUGUGUGUGGGAAACCCCAAAACUAACCAUAAGACUAACUAUAAGUUGUAUUUUCAUCGUAGGUAGCCAAACACACGCUCAGUAAAAAGAAAAGAAAGUUAAGCCUUACCCGUAACUAAAGGUAUAAAUAUACUUAUAUACACGAUAUGUCUAAGCAGCGUUUACCCCUCGAAUGCAAUAAAUUGUUUUUAA